AUGGAACGUCCAGACACCACUCCCGAAGGUGGACAUCCCUCCAGAGGCCACCCAGUGAGACGUGGAGGACAAGCCCAGAGGCAGAAAGAGGGAGGCAGCAAGGGUGCCCUGCAGGUGAGGAUCCAGGAAAGAGAAGCUCCGGGAGCGGAGAUGGGGACGAGAGUUGGAGCCGCGGUGGCCGUGGGACUGUGGGUCUCGGUGACAAUGGGCGUGGCAUCGGACCUGGGCGUGCGUGAGCCCCAACGCUGUCUCCUGUCCCGCUAUCGCUCGCUGGACCCCAGGGCUCUGGCGGCGGUCAAGGAGCUGACGGACCGUUACGAGGAAGAGACACUGAGCUGGAGACCACGCAACUGCUCUUUUCGCCCGUGGAAGGAGCUGCCCAAGCCCGGGUCGUGCGCGCGCCUCCGCCUGGUGGCGCGCGACCUCGCGGACGCCCAGUUGGUGUUGAGCAGCCAGCGGAACUCGGAGCUGCUCCCCGGGACUGGGCCGACUCUGCAACUGCUGGCAGCCGCGAGGCGCGACGUGGGGACCUGUCUAGAGCUGUUUCGGCCUGGCUCCUCAAGGAAGUCCCUUGGACCACCAAGGAGGCGCCACAAAGCACGGAGAGAUGAAUCGCCUCGGUGCAGAGAAGCCGCCGUCAUCCUGACUCUUCUGCGCCUGCUCCUGCGGGAUCUCAGACUGGUGGCGCAUUCGGAGCCUUGCGUCUGA